AUGUCGGACGCAGUCCCCAUCGUCACACCGGGCGUCGAGCCUGAGUCCAUGGAGUCGCACUCCCCGCCAGGGAACCGCCAUGUACACGGAACAUGGGGGUCGAAAGACGGGAACAUGUCGAACGCCGAGUGGAAUGACCCAGAGGCGAACAAGCUGCCUGAAAAGGUAGCCGAGCUGGAGGAGAAGGGCGAGAUCCAUGACGAUCAUCCCCGCAAGAAGAUUGUUGUAGUGGGGUUGGGUAUGGUGGGCAUUGCAUUCAUUGAGAAACUCAUGAAGUACGAUGUGAGGCGGAGAGAGUACGACGUAGUGGUGAUUGGCGAGGAGAACCAUCUUGCAUACAACCGCGUUGGGUUGACGAGCUUUUUCCAACACCGUCAGGUUGAGAACCUGUAUCUCAACCCGAAGGAAUGGUACGCGGGAAUGCCAGAAGGAGCGCUGAGUUAUCACCUCAACACUCUCGUCACGGAAAUCAAUGCGGAGGAAAAGAACGUAAAGACGUCUUCAGGCGAAACCGUUUCUUACGACAUCCUCGUAAUGGCCACUGGGUCCGAUGCGCUUCUCCCCCGCCACACUCCCGGCCACGAUGCGGAAGGUGUCUUCGUAUACCGAACGAUAGAAGAUCUUGAGAGCCUUAUUAAGUUUUCCGCAACACGGAAAGGUACAACUGGCGCCGUUGUAGGCGGUGGCUUGCUGGGUCUGGAAGCCGCCCAUGCGAUGAUGGAUCUCGAAGAGUUCGCCAAAGUAAAGCUUAUCGAACGCAAUCGAUGGGUGCUUUCAAGACAAUUGGACGGCGAUGCGGGAGGCAUGGUCGUUGAGCAAGUGCAAGCGUUGGGCCUGGACGUUAUGCUGAGCAAGCGUGUUGGCAAGAUUCUGACCGAUGAGAAGAACUCCGUCAGGGGCGUGGUGUUUGAGGAUGGCGAGGAGAUGGAAUGCUCAUGCAUUUGCUUUGCUAUCGGCAUCAAAGCCCGCGACGAACUCGCUCGCAAAUCAGGCAUCAAGUGCGCAGACCGAGGAGGUGGUAUCGUUGUAGGAGACGACCUUUCUACUUCCAAGUCGGACAUCUACGCCAUCGGUGAAUGUGCAAGCUGGGAAAAUCAGACCUUCGGUUUGAUCGCCCCGGGAGUCGAGCAGGCGGACGUCCUCGCUUUCAACCUCACACAAGCCAAGGCCCAUGUGCCACGGAAGUUCAAACGACCAGACCUAAGCACCAAACUCAAGCUCCUGGGCGUGGAAGUUGCCAGCUUCGGCGACUUCUUCGCCGACCGCGACGGUCCCAAAGAUAUGCCUGGGCGCACAAGGGCUGACAAGAAAGAGGCAAACGGUGCGAACGGGACAACGGCAAGAGAGAAAGUCAAGAACUUGACAAAUGGGCCAGCUCCACACCCUGUCAAAGCCCUUACUUACAAAGAUCCCUUCCAGCAGGUAUACAAGAAGUUUCUGUUCACAGUGGACGGAAAGUACUUGCUGGGUGGUAUGAUGAUCGGCGACACGAAAGAUUAUAUCAAACUGGUGCCCAUGGUCACAAAACAGAAGCCGCUUGAGAUUCCUCCAAGUGAGCUGAUCAUCGGCGCGCAGAAUGGCGAGGACGAUGGUUCAGAUCUCUCGGGCGACACUCAAAUCUGCUCAUGCCACAACGUCACCAAAGACGAUGUUGUGAACUCCGUCAAGGACGGAACUUGCAAGAGCAUCGGCGACGUCAAGUCCUGCACAAAGGCUGGUACCGGAUGUGGUGGCUGCAUGCCCCUCGUGCAGACCAUUUUCAACAAGACCAUGGAGUCGAUGGGCAACGAAGUCAAGAACAACCUUUGCCCACACUUUGACUACUCGCGCGCCGACUUGUUCAACAUCAUCUACGUCAAGAAGUUGACAGAAUUUGCCGACGUCAUGAAGGAGUGUGGAAAGGAGCCCGAGUCCACGGGCUGCGAAGCCUGCAAACCAACUGUUGGAUCCAUCGUCACCUCCUUGUUCAACAAGCAUGUGCUCGAUGUAGACAAACGCGGUCUGCAAGAAACCAACGACAGGUUCCUGGCCAACAUCCAGCGAAACGGCACCUUCUCCGUCGUCCCUCGUGUAUCUGGAGGAGAAAUCACUCCAGAGAAGCUCAUCAUCAUCGGCAUGGUGGGCAAGAAGUACAACCUCUACACCAAGAUCACGGGUGGUCAGCGUAUCGACAUGUUUGGUGCGCGCAAACAAGAUCUUCCCGAUAUCUGGCAAGAGCUCAUCGACGGUGGAAUGGAGUCUGGACACGCAUACGCGAAGUCUUUGAGGACAGUCAAGUCGUGUGUCGGAACUACCUGGUGCCGAUUCGGUAUCGGUGACAGUGUGGGUAUGGCGGUACGCCUCGAGGAGCGAUACAAGUCGAUCCGUGGACCACACAAGAUCAAGGGCGGAGUGUCGGGUUGCGUGCGUGAGUGUGCUGAGGCGCAGAACAAGGACUUCGGCCUGAUCGCGACGGAGAAGGGCUACAACAUCUUCGUAGGCGGCAACGGCGGUGCGAAGCCAAGGCACUCGGAGUUGCUGGCAAAGGACGUACCUCCGGACGAUGUCGUCCCCAUUCUCGACCGCUACCUCUCCUUCUACAUCCGCACAGCCGACAAGCUGCAGCGAACAGCGCGCUGGAUGGAGAACCUGCCCGGCGGCAUCAAAUACCUCCAAGAAGUCAUUCUCGAGGACAAGCUCGGCAUCUGCGCAGACCUCGAGAAGCAAAUGGAAGAUCUUGUCGGCACUUUCUUCUGCGAGUGGACCGAGGUCCUCAAAGACCCCCAAAAACGCGCCUGGUUCAACCAGUUCGCAAACACAUCCGAGAACAUCAACGACACCAUCGAGCCCACGAAGGAGCGUGGCCAAGAGCGCCCAAGUUACUGGCCCAAGGACUCCGUCACAGAGGACUUCAAGGGCCACAAAUGGACCGACCUCGCCUGGCAGCCGAUGGUCAAGGCCGAGGAGUUCAAAGACGCGCCAACCGGCGACUCAAAGGCCAUCAAGCGCGGCGACACCCAGCUCGCCGUCUUCAAGGUCCGCGGCAAGUACUACUGCACGCAGCAAAUGUGCCCGCACAAGCGGGCCUUUGUCCUCAGCGACGGUCUCAUCGGCGACGACAUCGAAAACAACAAACUCUGGAUCUCGUGCCCGAACCACAAGCGUAACUUCGAGCUCAGCGGCGAGCAGGCCGGGCGCUGCGCAAACGACGAGUCAGUCAACAUUGCCACUUUCCCCAUCGAGGAGCGCGACGACGGCUGGCUGUACGUCAAGCUGCCGAGCAUCGAGGAACUGGACAGCGUGUUGGGCACAGAGAAGUUCAAGAUCAAGAAGAGUGAGACGGAGGAUCCGUUCGUCGCCUUGGACAAGAAGCUGGAGAGUCUGAAGUUGAAGGGCCGCAAGGGGUUCCAAGUCAGUCACCUCGAGGGCGGGCUGGGAGAGAAAGCAAAGGCUGCCAUGAUUCUCGCGGGUGGGGAGAAGGGGGCUGGAGGCUUGGACUGGUGA